CCUAAGGACCUUUCCUGUGUGAGGUGGGUGAAGGAUCAUCGCCGGACUUGAAUGGGUGCCUAGGGCCUAACCUAGGAUUUACGAAAUCAGAUAACCAUGUAUGAUAGAGCUCCACGACAUCUAACUUCUGGAUCACACUCAACAGGACCAAAUGUCGGGCCUGGAACCUACGAAAACUUAGUUCCCACCUCUGCUAAGUUAAGAGCAGAUGGAUAUGCUCCUUUUUCUUCCAUGACACGAAGGGAAACUUUCCUCACAGUACAAGACAGUGUGAUAGCAGCACCAGGACCCGGACAAUAUGAUCCUUUGGUGUGUCAAGAUAGAAUAGUGGGUGGUCGUACUCUAGCAAACCGCUCACAACGUUUUCAGGAGACUCAAUUUAAUAAGAGCAAGACACCUGGUCCAGGCUCAUAUAAUUUGUCAAAAAGUAGUGACUGGAUCAAGAAGGUUAGCUACUCGGAAAAUGACACAAGGCCAUCAGGAAAUUUGACUAGUAGUACUAGUAGAGUUCGAUAUCAGCGGCAGGCACAGGCUCCGUCAAUUCCAACUCCUGGACAGUCGUAUGGUUACGAGGAAAAUGAAGAUGGCGUAUUGAAGAAGCAGGAUCCCCCGGAUAGGGACAAUUCCAUGGGACCAGCAUUCUAUAAUGUUCUACAUGAUAAGACAAAAGCAACAAAGAAGUACAAAGGUGUGCAUUUUGGUAACAUGGCCUCUCAGAGGAUGGACUUCAGCGGUAACCAUGGCCCAGGGCCUGGUGAGUACAAUCCACAUCAGGUGAAGUGUAUGGAGACGGAGCUAAUGAAAGCUAAGGAUGGCACCAGAGUGUUUGACUCAAAGCUUCCACGUUACCAUGAAAUGAUUGUACAAGAAGUUGAGAAAAAGGCUGUUCCUGGACCAGGCAAAUACCAGAUCAAUAGUCAGUUUGAUAUUACGAAACCCUCAAUCAAUACAGAAGGCCUGGAAGUUGAGCACCCGCCAUUCAUGUCACAAUCAAAGAGAUUUUUUGAUCCUAAAAAUAAAGCACCUGCACCGGGAACGUACAAUGACCCACGUCAUGCCUUAGAAGUCCUCAAGCGAACAAGAGGUUUAAAGAAAAGUCCUUUUGGUCAAACAGCAUUAAGGUUUACCACAGAACCGCACAUUCAAAAAACUCCAGGGCCAGGAUCGUAUAAUUUCCGAGGCAUCGCUCAGGAUAGUGUACGGAAAGCUUACGUAGAAAGCACCAGGAGAGGCGCGUUCGGAUCAACGUCGGUUCGCAUCAAACCAAUAACAAAACAAACCGAAGCAGCCCAACCAGGCCCAGCUCAUUACCAAGUCAAAGACAAACCAGAUUACAGUAGAUACUCACAGAACAUCUCUGCAAAUUUUUCAUCACAGACCAACAGGCUGCACUCACCACCACCUAUUAUCAAGGAUGUACCUCCCCCAGGGUCAUACGAGGUUAGCAAGUCGUAUGAUCGUACCCAGGCUAAGGUAGAACCAGCUCCUCCGAGGUCAGUCAUUGGAAAGCGAAAAAAAGGAUCUUUUCUCUCAUCUUCCUCAAGGUUUGCGCAACCUAGGGACAUGAUUAUUGAAAAACCAGAAUCGGCUAAUCCAGGCCCUGGUACAUACCAACCAGAAGACUCUCGUGGUAAUGUUAAGUUAGGCAUGAUGGUUUACAAAGAUAGUCGUUUCAAAGAACACAAAAAUGAAAACCCAGGUCCAGGAGCAUAUGAAAUGAGUCCAUUGAUACAGGAUACCGUGCUUAAAGGUACUUUCAACGCAACGCUUAACAACCCAGUGGCCCCCAGGAUGGAUAUCACCGAAUCAAGAUCAAAUACGAAGCAAGCUUUCAUGUUAGGCGUUUAAUUACACAGCAUCUGAUAUCAAAAAUAUGUGUAUAUAAAAAUGUAUAUAUAAAUUAUAUCUUGGUAUUUGUUUUUCAGAUGUCUUUCAUAAACCCACCAAUGAUAUUUUUUCUAAGACUCCAACAUAAAGAAGGACAAAUUUAAGUAUUAUCAAGUGUAUUUUAAUUUUUGUCUUUCAUAAUACUGUAUAUAUUUUAAAAAUUGUGUCUUCAUGUUUUGAUAAAUUAAUAAAUAAACAGUCUUUCCCCCUCUUUCCAAAGUUUGUGCAUUAGAAAAUAUGAAUAUGCCUUAUGUGAAUGUAAUUGUACUGAUAAUGGUAAUAAUGUACAGUAUUUGUAUAAUACGCUAUAUGAUAAAGCCACACAGCGUGUAACAAGCUAUGCACUGAUAACCUUCCUGCCAACAUUGUAAAGUUCAAUUGUGUUAAAGAACUACCUUCCUUCUGGAUAUCAUUCCAUAUUCAGUAUAUCACAGGCAUUUCUGAGUGAUCUGGUAACAAUAAUAAUAAUAAUUAUAGUUAGUAAUAAUAAUAGUUGAUAACUUUAUUAUAAAGGAGGUCAGUACUUGUACAGUAUCACCAAAUUAUUGGUGUUUUUAACUUACUUCUUUAGGUUUAUAAAUGUAUUCAAAAGUAUCAUAAGCAAUGAAAAUCUGUCGUAUUGAUGACAUAUUUCAUACCUUUGAAAUGAGCAAUUCAGUGUUUUAAAAUGGAUUUAGAUUUUUUACAAAUUUUACUUGGGGAAAUUGAUCUUCCAUGCAAGGCAAAAUUCAUUUUAAAACAAUAAUAUAGUGAGUUAUAAACAGCAAAAUGCGAUAAAUUACCGUUGUCAUUACCUCGGUAUUAUAGAUUGCAACCUUACGAAAACAAUACCUGAAUACGAAUACUCCAAAUCUUCAUUCGUUUUCAAAUGAAAACAAUUACAUUUAGUGCUUGACAACGAAUACGCGAAUUGAAUAAGAUCGAUGAUCCUCGUAAACGAAGAUACGUUGUGACAGUUAAUUAUGGGGGAUUUUGGUUGCGUGUCUACGUGACGGAUUCACUCGUGCGUAACCGUCCUGCGUUCUCGGCCACAGGAACUCAAAGACUUCACAUGCGUAGAUGAGUCAUUAUGACAUCAUUACUAGAUCUCACCGUCUUCGUGCAAUCCAAAGCUUCCUAAUUUAUGAAUGGGGAUAGAUCGGCUUAAAAAUUCUUAAUUUGGUAACGUAACUUCGUUAUCGGCGUUUUCGAAACUUGAGAAAACUAUGUUUUAAAAUCUAUAAUGAAAAUUCAGAGUUCGAAUCCAAUGAAACUUUAAGUAUUGAAGUGAAAUACCUGGUGGUAGCGAUUUGAUAGAUUAAGAUUUUAUCUGUACUUAACAUGUACUAUCAUAAAAAUUAACGAUUUUGGCGUCGUGCUUCCGAAUCCUCUUCAUAAAAACAGUGUAAUUCCAAAGCUAAUGUUUGUAUUGUAAGUUAUUCGCAAUAUAACUAUUUAGAAUUCAAUUUAUGACGAUGUAGACAAAUGUAAUUAAUGUGAAUAAGAUAGUUGAAUAAAAUUGUAUAUAGCCCGAAUCAAA